AUGAAAAGGAUGCAGAGACUGAAGGAGAGGAGGAAGAGAAGGACGCAGAGAAAUGAAGAGAAGGAAAAAGAGAAGGAUGCAGAGAAUGAAAAGGAGGAAGAAGAGAAGGAUGCAGAGAAUGAAGAGGAAGAAGAAGAGAAGGAUGCAGAGAAUGAAGAGGAAGAAGAAGAGAAGGAUGCAGAGAAUGAAGAGGAGGAAGAAGAGAAGGAUGCAAAGAAUGAAGAAAAGGAGGAAGAAAAUGAUGCAGAGACUGAAGAAGAGGAGGAAGAGAAGGAUGCAGAGAAUGAAGAGGAGGAAGAAGAGAAGGAUGCAGAGACUGAAGAAGAGGAGGAAAUUUUAUAGGAAAUACCUUACUGGGUUGGAGUAGUAAAAACCCACAGGAAAUUUUAUAGGAAAUUAGGAAAACUGUUCAAAUGAGGUACCCCCAUUUUCUGGAGGCAAAAAGUUUAAUCUCUAAGAAGUAAACUCUGUUAACCGCGGAUUUGAGGGAAAAUAUUUAUCAAGACGGAGUUUAAAAGUCUCUAUGGUGUUGCAGUCUAUAACGUCUCGAGGAAGUCCAUUCCAUGCAUUUCUUUUAGUUGUUCGUUAGACUACGGUAUUCGCUAUUUUGGUGUCAUCAGGAAACUUCGAUAUUAUACCGGUAACACCCUCGUCCAUGUCGUUUAUAUAAACAAGGAAGAGAACAGGUCCUACAUCUGAUCUCUGUGGCACGCACACCGCUGGUAACGUUAGUCCACUUGAAUGCUGUUCCAUUUACAACUACUCUUCGUUUACAGAUGUUUAGCCAGUUUUCUAUCCAUCUCAACACGUCGCCUUGGAUACCAUGCGAUUUCAAUUUAAUCAGUAAACGUUUGUGGGAAACUUUGUCGAAGGCCUUUUGAAAAUCAAGAUAUAUUAUAUCUACAGCUUUAUUUUCGUCAUACUGGUUCAGAAUAUCAUAGAAGUCUAAGAGGUUCGUCAAACAAGAACGGAUGUUACGGAAGCCAUGUUGAAUAUUCUUAAGCACGUUGUUUUUCCCCAAGUGAUUAAUGAGUUUAUCUCUUAUAAGUAUUUCUAACA